UCUUUUAUGCAAAUAACCAUUACCAAUGAGGACUAAGCCAUGAUCCCGGCCCGACAGCGACCCAACAUGGAGGAGCGGAGCUAGAGAGCCAUGAGAGUGGUGUCGGCCGCUUUGGGAGCAGCAGUCGGAGCCCUUCUGUCCGGGGAAUGUGUUAGUGCGGUUGUCCCGGGGAGCGAUGCCCAGGAGGAGGUCGAGCGGGGAACUGCCUCUGCCCAACGGCUGGGAGGAGGCGCGGGACUACGACGGCAGAGUCUUCUACAUCGACCACAACACCCGCCAGACGAGCUGGAUCGACCCGCGGGACAGAAUUACCAAGCCAUUGACAUUUGCUGACUGUGUUGGUGAUGAACUACCACUGGGUUGGGAAAUAGUUUAUGAUCCCCAAGUUGGAGUGUACUACAUCGACCAUAUCAACCAGAUCACCCAGAUAGAAGACCCAAGAGCACAAUGGCGGCGGGAGCAAGAGCGAAUGCUGAAAGAAUAUUUGGUGGUGGCCCAGGAGGCUCUGAAUGCCAAGAAAGAGAUCUACCAGGUGAAACAGCUGCGUCUGGAGCUAGCCCAAGAGGAGUAUCAGCAACUGCAUGACAUGUGCGAGGAUGACAGGGUAUCUUACGUCAGCUCUUAUUCUAGCUCAUCCUCAAACACAAAAUAUGAUCCUGACCAGAUCAAAGCAGAAAUAGCAGGUAGAAGAGAAGCGCUCUCCCGAUUAAAAAGAGAACUGGCACAGAUGAAACAGGAGUUGCAAUACAAGGAGAAAGGCGUGGAGACAUUGCAGGAGAUUGAUCGGAAAAUGUCAAACAGUCAAACCAACUAUAAACUGGGUGAAGCGCAGGAAAUAAUGAAUGAAUUGAGAACAAUCAAGAAGUCAAUUACUUCAGGAGAGCAGGAAAGGCAGGACCUUAUUCAGAGCCUUGCCCGACUAACAGAUGAAUUCAGGAAUAGCUGUUACAUUGGGAACUCCCUGCAGGAUCUACGAACAAAUGCUGGCUUAGCCGUUGAUUGUUUAUCACAGCAGUACUCUGAAGCAAGUUCACAGACUGACAUCAUCGGAGAGUUCUCUUGUGGAGGAAGGUCCAAGCUGCCUGACAAAGUCCGACUUAGUUGGCAGUAUGAAGAAGCUAAGAAAAGAGUUUCCAGCAUCCAGCUGCAGCUGGCUCAGCUGGAUAAUGAGACCUGGCCGGGAAGCGCUGAGGCGGACAGGGACCGUCUCCAACUAAUAAAAGAGAAGCAAGCCCUUCUUCAGGAGCUGCAGCUGAUCAGCCAGCAGAAGCGCUCACCGGAGGAGCUCACUCGUCUCGAGGCUGAACAGAAACGUUUGGAGGACGAUAUUCAGCUUGCACAAUCCAUCCCUCAUCAAGAGCUCACUGAAAGGAUGCUGUUACAAGAGAAGAAAAACUGUCUACUGAAACAGCUGGAAGAAGCUACACGUCUCACUACAUAUUUGAACUCCCAGCUCAAAAGUUUGACCGCUAGUUCCCUAACAGUGUCAUCUGGCAGCAGUAGAGGCUCACUUGCGUCUAGUUGUGGAUCACUAGCUUCAAGUAGAGGGUCCUUGAGCUCGGUCAGUUUUACUGACAUUUACGGUCUCCCACAGUAUGAAACUGACAAUUCAACAGAUUUGGGAAGUCAUCUGCAAUUUGACUUUCUUCCAUUUGAUACAGUAACAAAAGACCAUUCAUACACAGAACAUUGUGGAUUGUCCAAUUUGAACAAACCAAGGAGAUCCUUUGAUCCCCCUCAGUCCCUGGCAUCACUGUCAUCUAGGUCCUCUCUGUCAUCUCUGUCCCCACCAAGUUCCCCACUGGACACGCCAUAUCACUCUGCUUCUCGCGACUCUCCCUUGGCCCAGAUGAAUGAGGAAUUUGAGGAGCUUGUAGGAAGAUCAGAAUCAGAAAAUCUCCGACUACAAGCCCAGGCUGUGUGCCAAGAUCUGCAGGAAGCUGUUUCUUCCCAAGUCACUGGAGCUUCAUUUGGAGAUAUGAAAUUCUCCCAAGAUAUUGCUCCUAGAUUAAGACCAGCAGUACAAGGUUUAGGAGCAGUAACUAUGCGUUCAGACAGUGCUAUCAAGGCGAGCAGGAGAACACGAAGAGUCUCAGCAGGUUUAUCAGAUGAUUCUGUUGCAACAGACAGUGGAGUUUUUGAGGCAUUAAAUAAAAGGCCUGAAGAUAUAGAUGAGCCAUUGUAUGACAACAAUUCUGUCGCUGUUGACCCAACCCAAAUCAAAGUGGGACUCGUGUAUGAUGAUCGAGAUGAACGACUGAUAGUUCAUGUACUCCAGUUAAGGAAUCUUGCUGCUUUACAAGUGAAAGAAGGGAACAAAGUAUACAUCCGAAUUUCUUUGCUGCCAUUUGACUCCAACACUGCAUUUACUUUCUGCUCCAAGCCUUUGGAAUUUCAGGCACUCAUAACUUACAGCGAAUCUUUUCCAAUACUUGUCCCAGCUAGUGUGUUGAGGCUGAAAUCUCUGCAACUGGACAUAUGUUCCAUUGACCAACAGAUACAAGAAGACCUACUGGGAUUUGUGCAGAUAAGUCUGGCUGACUUUGAAAGACCAAGUGAAAUGCUGCUUCAGUGGUAUCAUGUGGCAACCUUCACCCGCACAGGGGUACAACUUCAAAAAAAUAGCAGUCAAUUCUGUGGAUUUUUACCCGUUGGAAAGUUAACAGACAGUGAAAUGAAGGAUGCCGUGUCAAUGCUUUUAGCAAGAACCACAGCCCAGCUGGAAGCAGUGGAGAAACAGUUAGAGGAGGAGAGAGUGAAAUUAGGGUGCACAGAGGAAGAAAUCCAUGAAGAAAUGAAGGAAGACAAAGCUGAGGCAGUGUCAGAAAGGAGCUGGCAGGCUGAGUCGGUGGACAGUGGCUGCAGCAAUAGUGCCCAGCUCAGCCCACAAUACCCUGCAAUGGAGCAGUUAAGUGCUGAGGAUGGAAAUGGUGCCCAGCUGCAUGAGUUUGCAGAACAAGUGAGCCUGUUUGCUGCUAUUAGAACAAGAGUUCCACCAAUGAAGGUGGACAAAGGGACCAAUACUGAAGAACCUUUUCCGGAAGAGAUUGGAAUUCGACCAAAAGAAAGGAGCAGUCGCAGAUCGCGUGGAUCUCCUUUUGUUCGUAGUAGUACCAUUGUUCGGUCACAGACAUUCUCACCGGGAGCACGGAGUCAGUAUGUUUGCAGAUUGUACCGAAGUGACAGUGACAGUUCAACACUCCCCAAAAGAUCCCCGUUUAUCCGAAAUACAUUGGAGAGACGCACUCUACGUUACAAACAGCCAUCCUUCAAAACUCCAUUGGUUGAACACUCCACAAGAACAUCCCUGGACUUGGAGCUGGAUCUCCAAGCAUCUAGGACUAGACAGCGGCAACUGAAUGAGGAGUUGAAUGCACUACGAGAGCUAAAACAGAGAAUGGAGGAGAGCCGGCUUCGGGGACAAAGUGAUCUGCCCCAGUGGAUUCUGAGAGAUGAACGGUUCAAAAAUCUCCUGAAGGAAGCAGAGAGACAGGCAAAACAAACAAAGUCUGAACAAAGGCAAGAGCAGGCAGCUGAGAAAAUGUUGAAAAAAGCAACCAAGGAAGUGUAUCAGCUACGUGGAAAUAGCCAAAAAGAGCCCUUGCAGGUUCAGUCAUUCAGAGAAAAGAUGGCAUUUUUCACUCGAACAAGAAUCAACAUACCUCCUCUGCCAGCUGAUGAUGUAUGACACUUUACUAUAUUUUAAAUAUGAAGUAUUUAUCAAUCUGUUUUAUUCAUGUUAAGUUACUAGAAAACCAGUAAGUGAUUUUAUUAAACAUUCUUUCCAAGGGUUAUUCCUAUACACUUUUUUUNGUAAAAAGAAAAAGGAAAAAAAAUCUAUAUACUUAUAUAUUUUAUAAUUCUAGUAAUUGCAGCAAGGCUUGGUUUAUCCUUGUUGUGUAAUUAACAUCUCUGAAGGAACCGUAUUAUAUAAAAAAACAAACGAAGCUUGUUACAUAUCUGUUCAGUUUUUAUGUACUCUGAUGUAUGUGCGCUUAAAAGGCUGGAAGACAGAAACAAGGUCAGUUGAAUCAUGUCCACUGUAAUAUACGUUUCUUAUUUAAAAAAUGAUUUUCCUUGAAGGAAAAGAACCUGUAUUAGGUGUAUUUUAAGACUAUAAAGUUCUGCAGUAUUUUGGGUACACUGGAAUGAAACCGCAAACUGGCUUUGUUUCUGUUACCUGAUGUGAAAACAACGUGUGCUGAUUUUUAGUGUUACCUUUUAUAUGUUUUGAGUCACACAUAUAACAUCAGCAUUUUAUAUUAUCCUGUGCCUUACACUAUACGUAACAUUGUAUUCUUUACCACAACUUUGUACUGUAUAAAAAAUCUGCAAUAACAUCUUCCAAUAUUUUUACUAUUAAAUAAAAGUUUUAUCAGUGAA